GUUGGAUUAUAGACGUGAACGGACGUGGCGGUUGCGCUCUAACUGAAUUUACCCGCCAUAAUUUCCACCAGUUUCAAAACAAGGUGAAAUGGGAAAAGGAUUGUAGAGCCCUGAAAUGAUUAUCUGUGUUUGAUUCCUCUCCCUUUGUUGUGGAUUUGGUGCCCCUGACAUGCCUGACACUGCUGUAGCCCCACCGCCCCCCUUACAGGGGUCUCGAGGGGCACGAGGGGGCCCGGUGAAUAUGCCCCUGAUGAGGGAUCCAGAUCAUUAUGAAGAAAUCAACGUUAUUGGAAAUGGAGCGUACGGUACGGUGUACAAGGCCCGAGAUACUAUCAAUGAUACAAUCGUAGCGAUUAAGAAGGUUAAACUUGGACUAACUGAGGAUGGAGUCCCCAUGCAGGUCCUUCGUGAAAUAUCUUUAUUGAAACAGCUUGGAAAAGCCAACCACCCAAAUAUUGUCAGAUUGUUGGAUAUUUGCCAUGGACAAAGACUGGAUCGAGAGAUGGUCUUGUAUCUAGUGUUUGAACACGUAGAUCAGGAUUUGAACUCUUAUAUAGAAAAGUGUCCUGCCCCUGGUUUAGGACCGGAUAGAAUUAAGGAUAUUAUCUGGCAAGUUGUGACUCUGUGGUAUAGGAGUCCUGAAAUACUACUGGGGAACUCCUACGCUACUCCUGUUGAUCUAUGGUCUUGUGGAUGUAUCUUUGCAGAGCUUUUUCUCAGAAAACCUCUUUUUCCUGGUCAAUACGAGGGAGAUCAGUUGAACCAAAUCUUUCAUAUAUUAGGAACUCCUAGUCAGUCAGAUUGGCCAGUGAAUUCGAGCAUAGGAAGAGAAGCGUUUUCUUUCCGAGAAGGUCGAGCUUUGGAGAAUUUAAUUCCUGAGAUGGAUGAACAUGCUGUAGAUCUAUUAAAGCAAAUGUUGAUUUUCUGCGCAGACGACCGAAUAUCCGCCGGAAAAGCUCUUCUCCAUCCCUACUUUGCCGAGUUUGGAUUUACCCCUGUAUCCCAUUCUUCGACCUCGGAUACAGUUUCAGAGUCCUCGGCGUCCUCUAUGUCCGAGGGAGGUAGCUCCGAGGCCAACACCUCACUAUCCCCCGUCACACACUCAACAUCCUUCUCAUCACAUGAAACUUCCGGCGAAUCUUUCGGGGAUUUAAGUGGAUUGGUCGAAAAUGGAAAUUAAAAUGGCGCCUAGCGCGCGAUAAAACAAUUUGCGGCAUUUUGGUGUUUACAUGAUUUCUACCUCGUUGAGAAAACAAAAGACAAACCUAGUGUCUCUUAAUCAAAAAGACGUCUCUUCUUAAUAAACUGAACCUCUAUUGUUACCAUUAAUGUAUAAUCUAAAUAUUUAAUUGCUCAAUCCUAUCUGAUGGGAACUAAUACCCUCGCGAUCAAAGACAUAGACAACGGCCAUUGUUGUAUAUUGCUCAAAACUUACUUCUUAAAUGAAACCAAAAAUAAUAUGCAAUAUCUUAAACUCGAUCUCGGAUCAUAAUACUUUGAACUAAAUGUAGAAUUAUAAUAUGUUUUUGAAGUAAUUAAAAUCUAAAUUGUUUUAUAUAAGGGUGUAGUUUUCAUUUGAAACUUAAAAUUAUUUCUGCUAAUGGUUUCAAAUUAAAAAACAAAUCAGGAAUUUGAUAUUGUUUUAGACCAGAAAGUUAAGUUCGCUAAAUUUUGAAAUAAUUAAUUUUUAUUCCAAAAAAAGUAAAUUAAUUUGAUGUUCACUCUAGUAUACAAGCUGUAGAAUUUUAUCUUGCAGAAAAGAAACCUGUAUUUUCGUAUUACUUCGUAAACCCUUACAAUGAUAUGAAACCCUUAACAUUUAUAGAGCAGUAAGAGCGUACAAAGACAAUUUGUAAAUAGUAUUAAUUUCAAUCAUUUUUAUGAGCAGGUCUUUCAAAGAGCCGGAAUAAUUUAAUGUUUUCAGCAAUUUCAAACCUCUCGGAUAUAAGAAUUAUUUUUUAAUGUACUUGAAAUAAUGAAAUAAUGUAUAUCUUCCAGCCCCUUAUUUUAUAUUGUCAGAAAUAAAUAUUUUGAAAUUGA